AUGUCAAAUGAUUCUAUAAGAAUAGGUUAUUAUGAUCCAUUUGGGAUAUAUCCAAAAAUUGAAGAUGAAGUGAAACUUCAUUUGCCAUUAUCAAAUUUACAUAUAAGAUUAAAUUCGAAUCAACCAUUUAAAACUGUAAAUAAACUACAAAUUCAAUUCGUGGAGGAAGUACCUAAGAAAGGAGAUUAUUUAAAUAAUAAUGACUUGAAAACUUAUGUUAGAUUAAUGUUUGUACAGAUUGAUAGUUUAGAGAAAUAUAGAGGACAGGUUAGGCCAUUAAUUAGAGAAUGGUUGAAAAAUUUAGUAUUAAAAACCAAUUGUUCAUGGAUGAUUAUAUUGUAUAUACCACAAGAUUUUAAAGACAAAUCUUCAAAUUUGAUAAAAACUUCAUUCUUUGAUAAAUUACAAAAAGAUUUUGGAGUUGAUGGGAAGGAAUUAGGUACUAUAUUACCAACUGGGAGAAAAUUUGAUGAAGGUAAUGAAAAGAUUUUCAAGUUUAAAGAUAAUGUAAAUGAAUUCAUGGUGCAAUUGAAGACCUUGUUAUUAAAUUCAUUUGUUGAAAGAUUCAAGAAAUACAAUGAUUUGAUAAAUCAAAGAAAAAUUCACAAUAUUGAGAGAUUCUUAACAAAAUUGGAAUUAUGUAAUUUAUUUAAGGAUAUGAUAUUACUACAAGAUGCAUUGAUUAUAAAUGAACAAUUAUCAGAAGAGUUAUUUGAAGUUUAUGAAUAUAAUCAAGAUAGGUUUGUGACUGAUAAACUGGAUAUAUCAUCACAAGACCUCACACAUUACAAUUUCGAAACUUCAAUAAAUGAAGAGGAAAUUAAAUCCCAGCUAUCUAAUAAUGAAAGUAUAAAUUAUUUAAAUCUAAGAACUUUAAUAUUUAUUCAUGAAUCCCAAAUACUACAAGAACAAGCUAAACUAUCAACCACCAACUCAUUAGCAUCAAAACAAAUAUCAAGAUUAUACAAGAACCUAAUGCUUUUUCUAAAUGAUUUAGUUGAAAACAACUAUGAAGUACAAUAUUUAAUCAUAGACACUUAUCUUAACCUACCAAUUAUGGAAGAACUAAUAAAACCUAGUACGGAAGAUGAUUCAUAUUUGACUGAUAUAUUGGAAAUGAGAGCUGAAUUAAAAUUAUUUAAAAGAUCAGUUAUUAGUAAGAUUGCUGAAUCACAAAACUUACACAUAGAAGGAUUAAGAGACAUGUUUGAAGAAAUUUCACUCGAUGAUGACAAAGAACCAAAUGAAAAAUCACUAAAUAUACAAACAAAAGAGCUCCUAGAUAUAACAUUUAGUAAAGAAUCAUACAUUAAAACAUUUCAAGAAUUAACAGAAGAAAUUAUGGAGGAUUUAGUUAAAUGUAAUAGAGUUAAAACAAUAGAUAUACUAUCAAUAGAUUUAGCGAUCAUAAAUUAUGAAAUUAAAAAUUAUCAAGAAUGUUUAAAUACUUUACAAAACUCAUAUGAAUAUUUUAUAGAAAAUAGUUGGACUUUUUUAGGUGGAAUACUAUUAGAAAUUUAUUUGGGUUGUAUUGAAAACUUGAAUGAAGAUGGAGUGAAUAAUAAAGAGAUUUUGAUCAACUGCAUUAAUUUAUUGAAAUGUUUAAUUAAAAAUCAAAACUCAAUUGAUAUCAAUUCUUACCAAAAGAUCAAAAACACAAACCAAAUAAGUAAGAUCUUUGACAAGAUUGAUGAAAAAAGUUUGACAAUUGAUGAAGAAAAACUAGAGUUUGAUUUAAGUGAUUUUUUUAAAACCAAGGUUAAGCCAUUUGUUUAUGCUGAUGAUUCGACUGAUAAAGAUGUGUAUUAUAUUGAAGUAGAAAUCAAAAAUGCGUUUCAUGUUUCAGUUGAGUUUUUAUUGAUACAACUAGAUUUAGUGGAUGAAAAACAUACAGCAAUUGAAUUCAGUAAUGCUAAAGUUCAACUAAAUUCUUCAUCUGAGUUUCAAAAAUUCAAGCUAUUCACAAGAAAUAUAAAAUUUGGUUUGUUUUCAUGUAGUCAUUUGAAGAUAUCAUUAAAUCCAAAAUUGACUUUCACUAAAAAUUUUAAUCAAGAGAAGUCAAGUUUACCAGAUACAUCAAUUUUUGACGACACUGUUAUCGAACCAAACAAGUCAAUUACAUCAUUUCCAACAAACACAUACUUAAAGAAUAACAAUGACAACAUAUUAAUUUAUCAGAAUUUACAGAAGUUUAGAGCUCAAUUUUUUAAUGUCAGGAAAUUAAACUUAGGAAGUCAUGAAGUUAUGCUAGAGUUACAAAAUUUGAAACAUGAUUUAAAGGAAAUUAAAAUUGAUCUAUUUUCAUCAACUACAGAUUUAACAUUUAUACAAUCACAUUUAGAAAUAGAGAACUUAAAAGCUAAUGAGCUAAAACAUAUUAUUAUACCAUUUAAAGACAUUCAUGAAAGUAAAAUAGUGAACAUGGAAGCGAAAAUCACAUAUAUGAUAGAUGAAGAACAGUACAGUUUGACAAUCUCAUAUAAUGUAAAUAUUAGUUUAAGUAUAUCUGUUUCAGUUCAGGAUAUUUUUAAAACAGAGUUCAUAUACUCAAAAUUCCAAGUUGGUACUAUAAAUUCUAAGAUACCAAUCAAAAUAAUAUCACAAGAUUUACAAAAUGAAGAUUUUGAGAUUCAGUCACCAACAUCAGCUAAUUUUGAAAAUGUAAUUGCAUUUGGAGAACAACCAAUCAUUUUCUUUUAUAAGAUAUUCCCUAAGCACAAUCAUAAAAUCAAUGAUAAUGACAAAUUGAAACUUACAAUAGCAUACACAAACUUAAGAGAUGAAUGUGAUGAAAUCAUAUAUCGCAUUAUUUUGGAAGAACUUGAAACUUUAAAUUUGGUCAAUUAUUGGUACUUGAUUAAAGACGUUUUAUUAAGUAAAUUAAAAUUUGAUUUAAAUAAUUUCACAAUUAACGACAAUUUAAUAAUUAUAAAUUUCAUUGAGUUUCAAAUUUUUUCAAAUAAGAUUAUAGAAAGGUACAUUCGAAAUAUAAGUGAUCAAAUCAAAAUUAAAAAUCUAUUUGUUGAUAAAUUCUCAGAUCCAAUAUCCACUUCACAAAUAAAAAUUAAAGAAGAUAGUAUAAAAAAUAUAUUAACAAUCAAUGUUGCAGUACCAGUUUUACAAUAUUUACAAGUAAUAGAAUACGAAUACGAAAAACAACAAUAUAUAGUAGGAGAACCAAUAAUAUUGAAACUUAAAAUUAAAACAUUAACAAAAUGGUCAGAAGAUAAUAAUGUAAAUAUUUUAGGUAGUUCAUCACCUACUAGAUCAAGUCAAUCUCCAGCACCUCAACUACCAAUAGAAGAAGAAUUCCAAUUAUGUAUACAUAACGAUGAUAAUUGGUUAAUUUCCGGAUUUAAAAAGCAUCAAUUUACAUUUACUAGUAAAAACAAUUUGGUAGUAAAUGAUUUAAUAUUGAUUCCAUUAACUGUAGGGAAAUUAACAUUACCUAAAAUUUCAAUUAAAAUGUUUGAUACAUUUUCAAAUAAUUUUAUAAAUUCAAAUAAUUUAGAUAUUGAAUUUGUUAAUGGAUCUGAAUCAAUUUUAGUAAUUCCUGAUGUUAAUAAUAUUACCUUUUCAUUUUAG